ACCUAUUCGUUAUGGCUGUCAAAGAAAGAAGCCCUUUUUUUUUGUUUUUGUCAUUUUGUUUAUUGUUCAUUGAUUUUUCUAAUUCAUUUACAGACACGAUACUGCAAGGCCAAAAGUUGAAGGAUUCUGAUUACUUGAUUUCUGCUGAUGGGACUUUCAAGUUUGGAUUCUUUAGCCCAGGCACUUCAAGAAGUCGAUAUUUGGGAAUAUGGUACAACGUUGUGGAUGAGAAGUCAGUUUCAAUUGCCAAGAGGAGCGUGGUCUGGGUUGCAAACAGAAAUAAUCCAAUUCCUGAUGCAUCAGGAAUUCUUACGAUAGAUAAACUUGGCAAGCUGAGAAUUUCCUAUAAUGGAGGCAGCUUCAUUACAUUAAGUUAUGCAGCAGCAACAAGUAAUGUAAGUGCAACAUUAUUGAAUUCAGGAAAUUUUGUAUUGAAAGAGAUGAAUUUUGAUGGUUCUACGAAGCAUAUUCUUUGGGAAAGCUUUGAUUAUCCUACGGACACGCUCCUUCCUGGUAUGACCGGAAUUGACUUAAAAAAUGAGCGUUCAUGGUCACUUUCUUCAUGGAUUAACGAUAAUGUUCCUGCUCAAGGGUCCUUUUCCCUUACCAUUGGAGUGAGUGAAGAGGCCAGAAGUAGCCAACUUGUAAUAUGGUGGAAAGGAAGCAUAUACUGGACAAGUGGAAUGUGGCAAAAUGAUCAUUUCAAAUUAUUGCCUCGAUUAUCAAAUGAAGGUAACCGCAACUUUAGCUUCACUGCUAAUAAUGAUGAUAUUUUAUAUUACUACACAUAUGCCUUGAGUGAAAGUGAAAAUCAUAGCUUAUCAAGAUAUAUGAUAGAUUCAAGUGGUUCAAUACUAGAAAUAGGAGGACCAGCUCCAUUUGGUGCUUGUUCCUACAAAUUUGAUCCUGGUUGUGUGGAACAAACGCUGCCUCUAUGCAGAAGCAAAAAUGAUUGGUUUGAGGCAAAAAAAGGAUUCAUGUCUGCCCAAGGACUGAAGUUCGAUCGAAGUUACAACUUAAGCCUUUUUGAUUGUCAGGAAAAGUGCCUGAACAAUUGUUCUUGUACUGCAUAUGCUUACAGUAAUUCCAAUCUCACUGCCUGUGAGAUAUGGGGUCAAGGAGUUGUUUUCACAGAGAAAUAUGAUGAAACUAGAGUCAUAUAUGUCCUAAAUAUUGCAAAAAGUAAAGCAAAGAGGUGGAUAUUGCUUGUCCUAAUAAUUGCAGGACUUGUGGCUCUACUUGCAGCAUGUUCACUUUACUAUUUGAUAAAAAGAAGAAACAGAAUAGCAGCAGAGGAUUGUGAAGAGCAGGACAUCUUAUUAAGCGAGUUAGAAGCUAAUGAAACAGAUUCUAGCAGAACUAAAAAGUUAAAUGAAGUCAAAGGAGACAGAAAGAAGGGCCAUGAGCUGCAUUUUUUCAGCUUUGAAAGCAUAGUUGCCGCCACCAAUAAUUUUGCAGCUGCAAAUAAGCUUGGUCAAGGUGGAUUUGGAUCUGUUUACAAGGGAGACUUACAUAGUGGCCUGCAAGUAGCAGUAAAAAGACUUUCAAGAAAUUCUGGGCAAGGACUAGCAGAAUUUAAAAAUGAAUUAAUGCUAAUUGCAAAGCUGCAACACACUAAUCUUGUCAAGCUUGUUGGAUGCUGCAUUCAGAGAAAAGAGAAAAUACUAAUCUAUGAAUUCAUGUCGAACAAAAGCUUGGAUUUUUUCCUCUUUGAUCCUACUAAAAAGAACUUAUUGGACUGGAAAAAACGCCUACACAUCAUAGAAGGCAUUGCUCAAGGACUUCUUUACCUUCAUAAAUAUUCAAGAUUGAGAAUAAUUCACAGAGAUUUGAAAGCAAGUAACAUUUUACUUGAUGCUGAAAUGAAUCCCAAAAUAUCAGAUUUUGGCAUGGCAAGAAUAUUUGGGAGGAACGAAUCAGAAGAGAAAACCGGCAGAGUUGUUGGAACACAUGGUUAUAUGGCUCCAGAGUAUGCAUUGGAAGGCAUAGUUUCAACUAAAAUAGAUGUAUUCAGCUUCGGUGUCCUACUACUUGAGAUUGUGAGCAGCAAGAAGAAUAACAGCAACUAUGGUUUGGAUUCCGAAUGUCCACUCAACCUUAUAGGACUUGCAUGGGAGCUAUGGAAAGAAGGUAGAGGCAUAGAGUUGAUGGAUCCAACUUUGGAUGAAUCUUACUCUUAUGGUGAAGUAGCAAGAUGCAUACAUAUUGGUCUGCUAUGUGUACAAGAUAAGGCAACAGAUAGACCUGCGAUGUCAGAUGUUUUUUCUAUGUUAACAAAUGAAAGUUUAAAUCUUUCUGCACCCAAACGACCUGUAUAUUUUCUUGAUAGAUUUGAUCGAAUGCCAAAAAGUACAAAAAUCUAUUCCAUAAAUAGUGUAUCACUUACAGCAAUAGAAGCUAGAUAAUGUUUCUGUUUUUAUUAUUCUGUAUUUGUCCAAAUGAAAUUAAAUUUUUUUUUUUA